UUGGUGUGUGUCAAUUUCUACCUCGUAGCAAAGACACACCAAAAAAGGAAGGACCCAGACCUUUAAUCCUGUUUUGCAGUGGAUUUAGGAAGAAUCAAUUGCAACAGGCUGGAAUUAGCCAAUGGAAAAGCUCCUGAAAACCGAAUUGAAGACCUCCAUUCUGAAGGCAUUUGGGAGCUCAGGAGGAGGGUAUAUUAGCAGAGGGCAGAGCUAUGAAACUGACAGCGGGCGAGUGUUUGUGAAAAUCAAUCACAAGCCUCAGGCUAGAACAAUGUUUGAAGGUGAAAUAGCAAGUUUAGAGGCUAUCCAGAAAACCAACACCCUGAGGGUGCCCCAGACCAUUAAAGUGAUUGAUCUUCCAGGAGAGGGUGCAAUGUUUGUCAUGGAGUACCUGAAGAUGAAAAAUCUCAACAAACACUCUGCAAAGCUUGGUGAGCAGAUAGCAGAUCUUCACCUUCACAACCAGAAACUUGGAGAGAAAUUAAAAAAGGAAGGAAACACUGUUGGUAAAGGUGCAGAACAUUCUGAAUCUCAAUAUGUGGAUACAUUUGGAUUCCAUACAGUCACAUGCUGUGGCUUUAUACAGCAGGUGAAUGAAUGGCAAAGUGAUUGGCCUACUUUCUUUAUACGUCACCGACUCCAAGCUCAAAUGGAUUUGAUUGAGAAAGCUUAUGGAGACAGAGAAGCAAGAGAACUGUGGUCACAGCUUAAGCUGAAGAUUCCUGAGAUGUUCUGCGAUGUGGAGAUUGUUCCCGCUCUUCUUCAUGGGGAUUUGUGGGCAGGAAAUGUUGCUGAGGAUGAUUUUGGCCCAAUUGUCUUUGAUCCUGCUUCCUUCUAUGGUCAUUCUGAAUUUGACUUAGCGAUUGCUGGGAUGUUUGGUGGCUUUAGCAGCUCUUUCUUCUCUGCCUACCACAGUAAAAUCCCCAAAGCUCCAGGUUUUGAGAAACGAAACAAGUUGUACCAGCUCUUUAAUUAUAUAAACCACUGGAACCAUUUUGGGACAGAGUACAGGGGAUCUACUCUAAAUGUAAUGAGAAAGCUCUUAAAAUAACCAUUUAGAGGGUGUUCCUCAAAGAGAAUCUAUCACAGCCUCUUACUAAUUCACAUGGCCUACUUGUUGAUAGCAACACAAGCUAGAAAGAGUGAAACAUUGAUGAGAAACCCACAUGGCAGAUGUAAAAGACGAGGGGGCCUUUGUACACAUUUGAGCCCACUAAAUACUUGCAGUGGUUGUGUAAUUCCUGCAUCAUGUUCUAGUUUACUAGCACAUAUCCACACUGGUGAGUUAGGAGAUUGUGUACAGUCUGUUAUUUAGUUGGUGAAACUCUACAUGUUUGAAAAGCAGUCUGAUGGACAGCCUAAUCUCAUUCUCCAUGGGAUAACCCAGUUUUUCCCACUCUUUGCCCUUCCUGCCCUAUAAGGAUUUUAUUAUGGGGUUGUGGUAUUGGAAAUAAUCACUAAUUUAUCACUUCCUCCUCCUCCUCUGCUUUUCCAUUUGACUUUUCUCCUCUUUCUCUAUUCUCCUCUGUUCCCCUCUACCUACCUUCUAAAGGAUCAGCUCCAACAUCUGUUGAAGUCAGUGGGAGACAUUUUUGGCUUUGAGGGCAGUUGAACUGUGUCAUAAUUCAUUUGCAUAGUGCAGUCUAUGAGUUAGUAUUUCUUAAAUUUAUUUUAAAUUAAAAUUUAUGACUCUCCUUUCUAAAGGAAAUAUUCAGUUCAACUGAUACCCCCUAAGAGUAGGUCUCUGCGCCUACUGGAGAAUGAAAUAUAUAGACAGAAAAUGGAUUGUCAUGACAUAAGAUGUAGAUAAAAAAUAUAUUUUAUUUAAAACAGCCUUUUAAAAAACAUACUAAAAAACUCCCUGCAAUGUAACAGACAUAGCUGUUUGAGACGAAGAAAUCAGCAAUUCCAGAUACUAUAUUGAUUAGUACUCAAUAUAUACACAAGUUAUAUAGAAUUAAUCUUAAUAGAUAGUUGCGGAAACUACCCUAUUCCAUCAUUUGCUGAUUUACUAAAGUAAAGGCACAUUGUCAAAAUGGUGAGGUCCAAAAUUUAAUUGUUUUAUACUUGUUUGCAGAGUCCCUGUAAUUAUUUAUGACAGGGCUGCCUUCUCCACCCUUUGCAGUACCGCAAACAGGCUGGAUGCUUGUCAGAUUUAUAAGAACCAGAGUAUUAUUUAUUAAGUCCCCUCCAACAGUUCAUCAGUAUAUCCUUGUGCAGUAACAUACAUGUAAACAUAAACUUCCCCCUUAGACUGCUUUCUAGGGAGGAAGGGGGAAAGAUCUCUUAAUUCUGUAUCCUGUCCUUACCUGUCUCCUCUCCUUGUACUUCCUUCCUCUUCUUCUACUAUUCCCUGAUGAUGGGUUGAUUGUUCUCAGUAGCUCAGCAUCCUCCUGCCUAAUUAACAACCCUCUCCCAAUUAAAUCCACUCCAGGGGGAACAGCUAGCACCAUAGUGACCAGAGUGCUGGGUUAGCUCUAGGUUCCUAGCACUCUUUCAAGUUGUUGAACAGCUUUUCUUUUAAAACAGAUUCUGCUUGCUCUCUUUAUUUUUAAAAACAGAAUAGAUGUAGGUUUCAGAGGGGUAGCUGUAUUAGUCUGUAUCAGCAAAAACAACGAGGAGUCCUUGUGGCACCUUAGAGACUAACACAUUUAUUUGGGCAUAAGCUUUCGUAGGCUAUAACCCACUUCAUCAGAUGCAUGAAUGAAAAAUUCAGUAGGCAGGUAUCAAUAUACAGCACAUGAAAAGAUGGGAGUUGCCUUAUCAAGUGGGGGGGGUCAGUGCUAAUGAGGCCAAUUCAAUUAGUGUGGAUGUGGCCCAUUCCUAACAGUUGACAAGAAGGGGUGAAUAUCAACAGAGGGAAAAUUACUUUUUGUAGUGCUAAUGAGGCCAAUUCAAUCAUGGUGGAUGUGGCCUAUUCCCAACAGUUGACAAGAAGGUGUGAGUAUCAGCAGAGGGGAAAUUUAUUUUUUGUAGUAACUCAGCCUCUCCCAGUCUUUAUUCAGGCCUAAUUUGAUGGUGUCAAGUUUGCAAAUUAAUUUCCACUUCUGCAGUUUCUUGUUGAAGUCUGUUUUUGAUUUUUGUUGUUGUUGAAGAAUGACCACUUUUAAGUCUGUUAUUGAGUGUCCAGGGAGAUUGAAGUGCUCUCCUACUGGUUUUUGAAUGUUGUAAUUCUUGAUGUCUGAUUUGUGUCCAAAUAGAUGUAGUAUUAGCAGCCCAGAAUUGUGAGCAGCCAUACAAUAACAAACCUAAUUAACCUUUUAAUGGAAGAAAAGAAGUGGUAAAUAAAGAAAGCAGUUAUAAUUAAAAUCCUACAAACACAUACAUGAAUAAGAAUAUAUGUUUGGGCGGGAUCAUGCCUGUAAUUGUAGGCUUCCAAAGAUUUAUAAUUACCAAUGAGUAAAACAGAGUUAAAAUGGUCAAAUUUACUUUGCCACUUUUCUUUUAUUGUUAACACUGCUAUUAUGAAUCACAACUUGAAAAACAUCAUUCUUCCAAUGAAGUAAAUCACAGCAGCUAUUGAAACAAUGUAGCUUUGUUUUAUCUAUUUUUGCAUGCCUUUCAUUUUGCUUAAUUUAUAUAAUUCACUUUAAAGUCUCAGAAACUUUGGACAGUAAUCAAGUGGAUUUUCUUUCAUUGUUCACAGAUAUAAUGGCAGAAUCAGAAGGUUAGAUUAAAAACCAUACUGCUUUUGAAUUCAGUUAAAAUGAUGCCAAAUUAUCACAAGUAAUGAAAGUGAUUAUGCUUCUGUGAUUGAAAUGGAAAGGUGGAAUAAUCUUGUUUAUAACUAAAUUGAUUGUGUAGUUAUUAGAUUGAGAAUCCAGAUCUGAGAUAACAAAGUCCACGAGAGCUAAUAUGUAUUACCUAAAAUGUGAACUAAAAUAUAUGUACAGCUUUGUAAAAUGUGAAAUUAAGAUAUGUGCACAUCAAAUAAAAUCUAGAUAUUUGCACUGCA